AUGACUCCCGUCAAGGUCCACUCGGGGCUGCAGCUGCAGGUGCUGGCGCUGUAUAAGAAGGCGCUACUAGCAGCCAAGCGCAAGGAUCAGGACACGCUGCGCUACGUGCGCGACCGCUUCCGCGAGGAUGUGGCGACGGUGGACCGCAAAGAUUUUGCUGUGAUCGAGUACAUGCUGCGUAAGGGCGAGCGCGACCUCAAGAUGCUGGAUAGAAUGAAGUCUGCGCACUUUACCAGCGUUUCGCACUAGAAGCAACGGCUAGAUUACCCCUGCAUUCAGUAUAUUGACAUCGGACAGGUUGUGGAGUUUACACUAGUGCAACAUGCGUGUCCGAGGGGCUACUGCAUCUGUCAGAAGUAAAGAAUGACGAAGUAAGGAAGUUGUUACAAUAGAGACGGCAAUGACAUACAUGAGUAUGGAACUGGCAGGCACAGUAGAGGGGUGAUUCUCGUCUACUCGAGUUGAGUGUCAGCUCAAUUACAGCUCUCGAGUGUCGGCAACAAUAUUACGAUGCCAAUCAUCA